AUGACGACUACAGAAUCCGAAGAUGACGAAGGACUCACACCAAGUUACGUUUACAUUCUAAUUGAAUUUGCCUAUAUUUUAAUGUUUGGAAUUGUUGCUUAUCUCAUGAGACGAUACAAUUUUAUGAAGACUGAAGACGACGCAGUCACAAAACAUCACCGACGUCAUUAUGAGAUGAUGAAGAAGCAACAGGAUGAAUUGAUUGAGAAACAGAGGACAAAUGAGAACUUUUUGAUUGCUGGAGAUAAUCAAUAA